CAGUGCCCGGCGGUGUAACUCGACGCUUCAGGAGUUGCCAUCAUCACAUGGCAGAUGGAAAUUUCCACUCUCCCCGCUUGUUAAAUGGGAAGGGUCUCCACUGCUGCCUGCACUAGUCCUCCUCCUCCGCCUGCUGCAGCUGUCCACCGCUCCCGGAGAUCUUUUCUAACAGAGAGAAUAAGAAGCAAGAAGCACAUCACCGCCUUGUGAACUCCAAACCCUGAAAUCCUGACAGCCGAACUUCCCCGCCUCUCUCCCUGCCGUGCACCACUAUGCCGGGAGCCGUGGAUCGUAUGGAGCUGAGGAAAGUCUCCACAGAGGCCGAUGUAAGACAGCACCGACAGCCUGGACGGACCGUCUUCACGGAGCCCAUCGACGCUGAGAAGGCCACCAUCGACAGUCAGUUUAUGGAUGACAAUGAGGACGGAGAAAGCCAGAAGUUCCUGUCAAAUGGAUUGAUGAAGAAGAAGAAAUAUGAGGAAUACCAUGAAGAAUAUCAUCCCGGCCACACCUCCUUCGGGAUGUCCGUCUUCAAUUUGAGCAACGCCAUCAUGGGCAGCGGCAUCCUGGGCCUGUCCUACGCCAUGGCCAACACCGGCAUCGUGCUCUUCUCAAUCCUCCUCCUCGCUGUGGCCAUCCUCUCCUUAUAUUCUGUGCAUCUGCUGCUCAUGACAGCUAAAGAAGGAGGAUCCCUCAUCUAUGAGAAGCUGGGGGAGAGAGCAUUUGGUUGGCCUGGGAAAAUGGCUGCAUUCGGAUCCAUAAUUAUGCAGAAUAUUGGAGCCAUGUCCAGCUACCUCUUCAUCGUCAAGUACGAGCUGCCCGAAGUCAUCCGAGCCUUCUUGGGUUUAGAGGAAAUCUCUGGUGAGUGGUACUUGAACGGGAACUACCUGGUGGUGUUCGUGUCCAUCGGCAUUAUUCUGCCUCUGUCUCUGCUGAAGAAUCUGGGCUACCUGGGCUACACCAGCGGCUUUUCACUGUCCUGCAUGGUCUUCUUCCUGUGUGUGAUGAUCUACAAGAAGACUCAGCUGCCCUGCCCUCUUCCUUUCUUCUCCCACCACAUGUCCAACCUCAGCAUGAACGCCUCCGAUCUUCCCGGGUUGCACCCGACGCCGAACAGCUCGGCUCACAUGGACUUCUCUCGCGCAGACGUUUCUCCGGCGAUGCUCGGCAGCCACGACGCUCAUCACUCCAUCGGUGUCCACGUCGAGCCGCACCCCGACGACGAGGAGAUGUGCACGCCCAAAUACUUUGUCUUCAACUCGCAGACGGCGUACACCGUGCCCAUCCUGGCCUUCGCCUUCGUCUGCCAUCCUGAAGUCCUGCCUAUCUACAGCGAGCUGAAAGAUCGCACCAGGAAGAAGAUGCAGAACGUCUCCAACUUGUCCAUCUUGACUAUGCUCGUCAUGUACAUGAUGUCUGCGCUGUUUGGCUACCUCACCUUUUACAACAACGUGGAGGCCGAGCUGCUCCACACCUUCACUAAGGUGUAUAAGUUUGACACCAUGUUGCUGCUGGUGCGUCUGGCUGUACUCACGGCCGUCACGCUGACGGUCCCCAUCGUGCUGUUCCCUAUCCGCUCCUCCAUCAAUACGCUGCUGUUCAGCGGUCGAGAGUUCAACUGGACUCGCCACUUGCUGAUUGCCUCCGCCAUCCUGGCCUUCAACAACAUGUUGGUCAUCUUCGUCCCCACCAUCAGGGACAUCUUCGGCUUCAUUGGCUCUUCUUCAGCCACGAUGCUCAUCUUCAUCCUCCCUGCGGCCUUUUACAUCCGCCUGGUGAAGUCGGUGCCGUUCCGCUCCCCACAGAAAAUCGGGGCGACUGUCUUCCUCAUCGUGGGCGUCAUCUUCAUGAUUGGCAGCUUGUCACUCAUUGUCCUCGACUGGGUCCACAACCCCCCAGGCUCCAGCCAGGCUCACUAAGCCCCCCCCCCCUUAGAUUCACAUUUAAGAGUGCUAACCCCCUCCACCCACUACAGCUGGUCCAACAUCUGGGAACAGGUGUGACACAAAACAAACGAGAGAAACCCGGAGAGGGGGAGAGACUUCCACGUGCCACCGCGACAUCUUUGUGAUCUUCCUUUGUAUUCCAGCUGUGACGAACAGAUGUGUGAGCUGCAGUCUGCAGCGGUGGACAGGCGUGGAAGGAGACAUUAGGACACAGUGUGUCGUCCUCCAUGAAACAAGGAGCACUUCAAGCAUUACGUUUCACUUUGUGUGUAGAGCUAACACACACACACACACACACACACACGUAGACAUAUCAAUCUCAUCUCAGCAAUCAUUUAAUUCAAUGAUGUGGAACUUUUAUUCAGGAAAGUUUGUUUUAUGGGUUCGGGUAACAAUCAGAAGCUUCGCCAAAGUAUAAAUGCAGUGUCAAACUGGACGGGGUCCGGUACACGCUCGAGGGUCUUCCACCAAGCAGAGAUGCUUUCAGUAUUACUGCGUCUGAACCUGCACGGUAUCAAUGUACAUAAUUAAGUCUCCGGAAGAACACAUGCAGAACAUACACCUGCUUUAUGUGGUGCUUCAUUCAAUCCAACACAACUUUAUUCACAAAGUCAAUAGUGAUUUUAAAAAGACAUCUACAUUUUAUUUACCACAUUUCUUAGACAGCUAGCUGUUUAUUAAACCAUUUUUUAAAUAAAUAAUUAGCUAAAUAUGUUUGAAAUUGGACAAUUCUAACGAGAAUGAAAUAGUUCAAAUGUGUAGAAUAAGUUUGAGUUGUGCCAGUCGAUCCUCAGCGCUGCAGCAAAGACUUCACUGAUAUUUAUAACCUCGUUGUUUGCAGCGUGAAAGAAAAGUUUCACAUGUUGGAAAAAGUUUCCGUCACUAAAACAAUUGAAUACGAUUGUUUUAGUCAAAGUAUUUCUUUUCGAGUGGUGAUCUGGAAGAAGCUGUAUGGUAAACAAUGUCACACGUGUUAAGUAUUAAUACCCAACAUGCAGACGAGAUGCGACACAUUAUUAAACUGCAAGACACUAAAAUCUUUAGCCUUUAAAGUUGAUUUGAAAGAAAUGAUAGAUGGGAAGUUUAAAUGUUUAAGUGUUCCGACAGAAUUCAGAUGUGUUCUGUAGCUGAAUAAGAUCUGUGUUGUUUCAUUUUGAAUGAAUAAGUUUGAUUGAACUCAAUGUGACAGGAUUAAUCAUCUAAAACAGACCUGCUCCUCACAGGUGCUCCUCACACCGCUGCCUUGCUUUGGUCGAGUCGACACCAAAACCUUAUUUCUGCUCGUCUGCGUCACAUGUCAACACAUCCAGCCAAAGUGGAAAACAUUUAUAGAUCCUUUGUGGAUCUAUGUACAUGAAACAAAUUGAUAUUUCAAAUGAAAUGGUGUAUUAUUUGCAUGUUUUUGGAUUACAAACAUGGUCUUUUUGGACAAUUGUAUAUGCUCUGUAAAUAUCUGUAUUUUAUGGUACACUGACGCUGUCUGUGGGUUGUUGGGGAUUCUGCCUUUCAAGUCUUCUGCAAUCCACUGUUUGUUUUAGUACAUAUAUAAAUAUAUAUAACAUGUAUUACAUCUUUUUCUCUUGCUGUAAGACAGUAGUUUCUUUCUUCCUUUAUUUGAAGCUUGUAUAUUUGUAGAAAAUUUGGUCUAUAUAUCCAUUUUAAUAUUUUAAUGUUAACUCACAUCAGGAUAAAUGAAUCAAGACGAUACGUAACUAUAGCUUGUUGGCUCCUGCAGAAUAACACAGGGGUUAAAGUUCACUGCUGUAACAGAAGCGAGAUCAUCCAAAGUGUUUCACCACGACAGGAAGUUCUUUAGACGCUUUAAACAUCUGUUAAAAGAGCUCAUGCUAAUUCUCCUAGAGUAGCACGUAUGCUAAUGCGCAGCUGCAUAGCUCCGUAGGAGACCAGAAUGCAGCUUUGUGAAGUUCUGCAGUCUGGACGUCAGACACAGAGGUUCAUAGCUCGCUGUGGUGUAAACUGUAAAUCACUGCUGUCAUAGAAAAACCUUCUCAACCUUCUCUCACUGUUGUGAGGUUUCAUUUCCCCGAUGUUACUUGAACUGAAGCUUUCCGCGGCCUGAUCACGUCAGCCAGCUUCACGACCCAACGGUCCACGCAGCCCCUCACUAUGAAUGUCCAAUAACGAUUGUUCUCACCUGCUCCUCGUUUCUUCCUGAAUGCUUGGCGUCAUCAUCCUCCUGGUUUCUAAUAGAGCGCUCCCAACACCACAGCUCUCCCCGUUAGCGUCUCAGGUAUCUGUCCGGGUGAAUGUUUCCUCUCAUCUUUGACUACAUCUCUUCACCUCUUUAGCAGGAUGGAGCCAUGCUGUACAAUGCUGUUGUAUAUUGUGCCUAGAUGUUCACAACCACCUGCCUUAUUGUUCUAUGGACCUCUCGCCGUGGAGAAACACUGGCUCCAUGUUUCUGCUGUUCACAGCUGCUUCCUGUGGAUCAGGCCGAACAUUCAGAUUUGUAAUUUUACCCAAACAAAGGGGAUAUUUUUUUGUAUCAGUGAUGCUGUUUCAUUAUGAUGAACAAGAAAAAUGUGAAAUAAAAAACGUUGAGUUUCA